AUGAGUUCUCCAUAAGAAGGUGAUAUUAAAUUAGUAAAGGAAUUGAUGUAAUUAAGGACUAAGAUGCUUUCCGUAGUGGUCUAUAGAUCUUGGGUAAUCUGUUAAAGGAGAAUUUAGAUCUCUUGGAGACUUUUGCUGAACUUUUUAGGAAAAAGUAAUCAAUAAAUGAAUUUUUUGAUCUUUAUGAAGCGUUACAUUAUGAAUUGAAAAUAAGAUGUGAAGAAACCUUAACAAUCAUUAGUUAACUUAAUAAUCCUACUAUUAUUGAAAAAAGCAAUGAAAUACCAAAUAUUAUAACUAAUUUUCAAAAGCCAUCAAUCCAAGAGUAUAAUAUAAUAGAUACAUAAAUAUAUGACUUAGUAAUGGAUUUAAAUAUGAGUUCUUCAUGGAAGGUAGUUGUUAAUCCAAUAUUUCAAGUUAUUAGUGAAUAACAAUGAUCUUAAAGGAGCUAGAGUUGCAGUACUUGGUUUAUAUGACAAAGGUAAAACGCAUAUUCUAAAUCAAUUAACAAAUCAAAAUUUACCUACAGGAUCCAAAAUAACAACUAAAGGAAUAAGUUUAAAAUAAUGUAUAAUUGACAAAAAUAAUUCAUUUGUGUUAAUAGAUACAGCUGGUAGUUAUGCACCUGAAAAUCUUAAAAAUCUAAAAGAGAAAUAAUAAAUUGAAAAUGCUAUUCUUGAAAUUUCAUUUGAAUUAACAGACUAUUUUAUUUGUGUAGUUAAUGAUUUUACAAGCAUUGAAGUUAGAUAUUUAGAUUAAUUAGCUCGUAAAUUAAGCACAUCUCUCAAAUAAUUUAAAGAAAUUAUUGUUAUACAUAAUCUUAAGGAUAUUACAAAUCCUAAUCUAAUUUAACAUGUUUGGUCUGUUCAAAUUGAAAAAAUCUUAGAAGGAAAUAUAUAGAAAUCAACUGUUGAAGCCAUUAAUCCAUUUACAAAUUAAUUAGAAGAAAAAUCUGUUAUGUGGUUUAACACUGAAACUAGUAGACAUAUUUGUAUAGUCAAUGACAAUUCUGAUUUAGGUAAAAGUAUUAAUCCUUGGACAUACAGUCUAUUAAAAUAUUGGUUAAAAUUAGUAGUUGUUCCACAUCAAAGUAAAAUAUUAAAAUAUAAUGAUAUUGUUGAAGUUUGUUAAUUGAAAAUGAGUAAUCUCUUAAAAAAACAAAUAAAAUUAACAAUUUAAGAUACACAUUUACCAAAUGAAAAAAGAAUUAUUAAAUAAUAGGCAAUCUCGCCUAAAUUUAAUUCAACAUUAAUAACUCCAAAAUUCACAUCUACACCUAUUGAUAUUGACAAUGAAGAACCAGAAGAAUAUGAACCAUAGAUAGAUAUUAUUCAAGGAACUUAAUAUAUAAUACUAAUUGAUUUACCUGGUGUAUAACUUGAAGAAGUUGAAAUUUAUAGAUAGAAUGUUACAACUAUUAUACGAGGACAUAAGAAAAUAUCAUUAUAUACUAAUAAAUCAACUUAUCUUAAAUAAGAAAGAAAAUAUGGUCCUUUUGAUCUAAGAUUUAAAAUUCCUGAUGAAUAUGAUCCUAAAUGGAAAUACUAUGGUAUGAACAAUGGAGUUCUAGGAAUUAUUUAUACUCUUGAUUCUGAAGACUCAAUUCUACCAAAAAAGAAUUAAUUUUGA